CUCCGGAGGAGGCGGCCAGCGGGACGGACGCGGCCGGAGCCGUAGCGCGAGCGCAGCGGGGGCCGCGGCAGGGCGGGCCGGGUCCAUGGCGCCAGCGGCGUCCGCUUGAGCAGCGCGGGCAGCGGCGGGCGGCGGCCGUGUCGCCCCGCGGCUCUUUUUCGCCAUGGGGGACGUGCUGUCCACGCACCUGGACGACGCCCGGCGUCAGCACAUCGCAGAGAAAACCGGGAAGAUCCUGACGGAGUUCCUCCGUUUUUAUGAGGACCAGUAUGGUGUCGCCCUCUUCAACAGCAUGCGCCAUGAGGUUGAGGGCACAGGGCUGCCACAGGCCCAGCUGCUUUGGCGUAAGGUGCCGCUGGAUGAGCGCAUCAUCUUCUCAGGGAACCUCUUCCAGUACCAGGAGGACAACAAAAAGUGGAGGAACCGCUUCAGCCUCGUGCCCCACAACUAUGGGCUGGUGCUCUACGAGAACAAAGUGGCCUAUGAGCGGCAGGUCCCACCCCGAGCUGUCAUCAACAGUGCAGGCUACAAAAUCCUCACCUCUGUGGAUCGGUACCUGGAGCUCGUUGGCAACUCCUUACCAGGGACCACCUCGAAGUCGGGCACCGCCCCCAUCCUCAAGUGCCCCACGCAGUUCCCCAUCAUCCUCUGGCAUCCUUCUGCACGUCACUACUACUUUUGCCUGAUGACAGAAGCUGAGCAGGACAAGUGGCAGGCUGUGCUGCAGGACUGCAUCCGGCACUGCAACAAUGGGAUCCCUGAGGACUCCAAAGUAGAGGGUCCCGCAUUCACAGAUGCCAUCCGCAUGUACCGCCAGUCGAAGGAGUUGUACGGCACCUGGGAGAUGCUGUGUGGGAAUGAGGUGCAGAUCCUGAGCAACCUGGUGAUGGAGGAGCUGGGCCCUGAGCUGAAGGCAGAGCUCGCCCCCCGGCUGAAGGGGAAGCCGCAGGAACGGCAGCGGCAGUGGCUGCAGAUCUUGGAUGCCGUGUACCGCAUGGUGUACGAGCAGGCCAGGGCGCGCUUUGAGGCAGUGCUGUCUAAGCUGCAGCUGGCCCAGCCGGCCAUGGAGGCAGUCAUCCGCACCGACAUGGACCAGAUCAUCACCUCGAAGGAGCACCUAGCCAGCAAGAUCCGAGCCUUCAUCCUCCCCAAGGCAGAGGUGUGUGUCCGGAACCACGUCCAGCCCUACAUCCCGUCCAUCCUGGAGGCCCUGAUGGUGCCCACCAGCCAGGGCUUCACUGAGGUGCGGGACGUCUUCUUCAAGGAGGUCACCGACAUGAACCUGAAUGUCAUCAAUGAGGGUGGCAUUGACAAGCUGGGCGAGUACAUGGAGAAGCUGUCCCAGCUGGCGUACCACCCCCUCAAGAUGCAGAGCUGCUACGAGAAGAUGGAGCCGCUGCGGCUCGACGGCCUGCAGCAGCGUUUCGAUGUGUCUAGCACGUCGGUGUUCAAGCAGCGAGCCCAGAUCCACAUGCGUGAGCAAAUGGACAACGCUGUGUACACCUUCGAGACCCUCCUGCACCAGGAGCUGGGGAAGGGACCCACCAAGGAGGAGCUCUGCAAGUCCAUCCAGCGCAUCCUGGAGCGGGUGCUGAAGAAAUACGACUACGACAGCAGCUCCGUGCGGAAGCGCUUCUUCCGGGAGGCACUGCUGCAGAUCACCAUCCCCUUCCUGCUCAAGAAGCUGGCCCCCACCUGCAAGUCGGAGCUGCCCCGGUUCCAGGAGCUGAUCUUCGAGGACUUUGCCAGGUUCAUCCUGGUGGAGAACACGUACGAGGAGGUGGUGCUGCAGACGGUCAUGAAGGACAUCCUGCAGGCCGUGAAGGAGGCUGCUGUGCAGAGGAAGCACAACCUCUACCGGGACAGCAUGGUCAUGCACAACAGCGACCCCAACCUGCACCUGCUGGCCGAGGGCACACCCAUCGACUGGGGCGAGGAGUACGGUGGCAGUGGGGACAGUGGCAGCCCCAGCCCCACCCUCCCAGAAGCAGCUACCCUCUCAGAAAGGCGACGGCGUGCCAAGCAGGUGGUGUCCGUGAUCCGGGACGAGGACGCAGGGCUGCCUUUGGAGGCUGUCCCCGAGCCGCCAUCACCUGUGUCCCCGGACAGGGUCUCUGAGCUCCGUGGCCUGACAGCCCAGGAUCUGCCUGCUGAGAGCCCCCCACUGGUUGCCCCCCUGCUCAAUGGGGCCCCUACCCAGGAGACCCCGCAGCCAGGGGCAGCCCCAGAGGCCUCUUCCCCGCCUGCCUCGCCCCCUCGGCAACUCCCGCCUGGAAAGGCCGUGGACCUUGCGUCUCCCAAGCCCAGUGACCAGGAGACCGGGGAGCAGGUGUCCAGCCCCGGUGGCCGCCCACCCAUCCACACCACCACCGAGGACAGCACAGGGGUGCAGACUGAGUUCUAGGCUGGUCACCCCCAAGCUCCUGUUGGACACAGCACACGGGCCAUGCCUUCCAAGACCCUGGCAGGCUCGGCUCCAGGUGGGAUCAGCGGUUCUGUGCUUUCAGGUGGACGUGGGCAGGCGGCCCACCUAUGUCACUUUGGGGCUUGGUCACACCCAGUUGCUCCGUUUUCUCUUCUGUGGGAUGAUCUCAGGCUUCCUCCUUGUGCUGGGGGCUGGGGGCGGCCGGCUCCCUGCAUCCUCCUUUCCCGCCCUUCCAUGACGGCCUGUUGCCCUCACAGGUCUCGCCAUCCUUCUCGGAAAGAGGGAGGUAAAGGCAGCGUUUGUGGUGACUCAGAGGGGGGGACACUGGCCUGGCUUUCCUUGCUGUGGGUGAGGGAGGCGCCAGGAGGGCUCCAGGGGCCUUCAGGCUGGAGCCGGGCAGGGCCAGGAGAGGCGGUGGGCCUGGGGUGCGCGAGGAAGGCCCAGAAUGUGCUGAUCUGAGGAGAGGAGGUGUCCCAAGGCAAGGUGGGGCGGUGUGGGCCCAGGGGAGCCCGUGGGCCGGUGCUGCUAGGGUGGCGGAGGGCAGGCCGCCUGAAGCGGGAGCAGGCCCGAGCCGCCCAGCCCUCCCUCCCAGCCCGUCGGCGCCCAGGCUCCGGGACUCCUCUGUUCCCCCGCCUGUUGGGCCCAUUUCGCUUUGGGCUGGGGCUGGGUGUGGGUGGACAUGGCACGUGGAUCAGAGGCAGGGUUGUCUUCUACAGGCCACGUCCAAGGUACGUGCUGUCCCCUGAGGGGGCUGGGCAGAGCUCCCGAAGGGCAGAGGGGCCAGGGCACCCCAGGCACCUCUCACGGCACCUGAGGAUGUGGAGUCUGGCUGUGGCUUAGCCCCUACUGCUUCACUGUCACCUCACCCUGAAAAUUCUAGGCCCCUUUUCAGAUGUCACUGUGAGUCACUUGGGGGCCUGGCCCAUCAUCCUUCCUUGGCUUCUCAUUCCUGGGGGUGCGGGUCAAGCCUAGGCAGUCCCCAGUCCGUGCCCCUCUCCUGGCCCUUGGAGGGGAGGGCGAGCAGGACCGAGACCGCCCCUCAGCCCGCGACCCCCUUCCUGGGGCCUGGCUCCCGGACCCACAGGAUGUGUGGCUGGGGCUGGUGCUCAGGGACCUCCGAGGCCCCCCAGCCCCAACCUCAAACGCCUCACUCACCUCUUGACCAACACAUUCCACCUUAAGAUGCUCUCCUCUGGUGCCUUCUUUUGGGGUUUUCCAAUCAUCCUUCUCAGAUAUUGUAUUGAAAAGAUUAUGCAAACAGUUUAAGCUUCUACUAAUCAAUAAAUGAUUUAAAGCUA